AUGAUCUAUGUGAUUGAAUUUCAGAAAAGAGGCCUACCUCAUGCUCAUUUUCUAAUAAUUCUAAAGCAAGACUAUAAAAUCAAAUGCCCUGCUGAUUUUGAUAAAUUUGUAUGUGCUGAAAUACCAUCUGCUAACAACAAUCAUCUUAGGAAAGUUAUUCUGAAGCACAUGAUGCAUGGUCCAUGUGGUCAUUUGGAUCUAGAGUGUCCUUGCAUGAAACAUAAGGGAAGCCAUGGUCGUUGUAAAUAUGGGUAUCCAAAGCAGUUUUGUGAUGAAAUAAGAAAUAGCACUAAUGGAUAUCCAUUGUAUCGGAGAAGAGACGCAGGAGAAACUGUUACAAUUCGAAAGACAAUCAUGGAUAAUCAAUGGGUGAUUUCAUAUAAUCCAUAUCUAUCAUCAUACUUUGAUUGUCACUUAAAUGUUGAAGUGUGUUCUACUAUAGAGGCGGUGAAGUAUCUAUACAAAUAUGCUUAUAAGGGUCAUGACAAGAUAUCUUUCAGUGUUGUGCAAUUUAAAGAUGCUAUGCUCAUCCAUGAUGAAAUACAGCAAUAUCAAUUAGGUUGUUGGGUUUCUCCAUGUGAAGCUGCUUGGCGCCUUUUUAGUUUGGAUUUACACGAAAUGCAUCCACCAGUUUUGCCUCUUCUUGUACACUUACCCAAUUCACAAAUUAUACAGCUAAGGCCUCAUGAACAACUUACAUAA